AUGCUGAGUUAUGAUUCUACAGUAUCUACUGAGAUAGAGGGACUUUCCUUCUCCUUUCUCUCGAGCAGAGACAUAAGGUCGCUCUCGUUCUCGGAAGUGAAGAAUGUAGGAAGAAUGGGACACGAGUCGGCAGGAAAGUCGUGUAUCUACGACCCCUGCCUCGGGUCGACGGAGAUAUACAGGCUCUGCGGAUCCUGCAACGAAAUGUCGAAUUGCGACGGACACCUGGGACACAUAGAGUUCGCAAUACCACUGUACCACCCGAUGAUGAUGAAGAGCCUGUGUAAGCUGCUGAAGACGGUGUGUUUCUACUGCGGAAGGAUCAAGUUCAGAGAUUGGAAGCUCUCGAAGUACGUAGCGCUGUUCGAGAUGUGCCAAACGGGAAUGCUGUCGGACACGAAGUACCUGGACCAAAUGCUGCAGGAGUUUGAUAGUAAGUCGGAUAAGCACGGAGAGUUGUUCAGAGAGUGCAGAGAGGAGAUGAUAAGCAGCAUUCUCACUAAAAUUGAGAACACCCAGAAGGAGGAGAGGAGGGAAGGAGGAGGCCAGAGGAAGGGAGAGAAGGACGAGGAGUACAACGUGUGGAACGAGAUAAGGAACAGGUUCUUCGAGGAGGGAGCGAAGCUGAGUAAGUGCUCGCACUGCGGGUCAAACGCGAAGUUCUCAAUAAAAGCAAACGACUCGUGCUCAAUAGAGCUGAGUUGGCCGCAGACGUACCUGAAGCCGAACCUGAUAAAGAGCUACAGAGAGUUUCUGGAAACGGACUGUGAUUUGUACUCGGAGGCAGAAAUGAAUAAAAGUGAACCGAAAAGUGAAACGAAGAUGCUGGAGGUUGUUAACAUGGUUAACUCAGAUAUAUCGUCGUCGCAAAUGGACAUGUUGAACCCGACGGGAAAGUCGGUGAACAAAGUGGAGCUGCAGUCGUUUCACCUGAUACCGUACCUAUCGCACCUGUUCGCAAACUACGCUAAGCUGCUAUCGCACCUAUUUCCACAGUCGAGAGUACACAAGUAUAAAAUAUUCUUCAUGGAGUGCAUGGGAGUGUCAGCAAAUAGGUUUAGACCGCCGCUAAUAACGGCAAACAAGCAAAUAGUGUUGCACACGAGGUCGUCAUCACUGUUGGACAUAGUGACGUCAAACGAGUUUAUAAAGUUGCUGCUGCAGUUUAAAUACGGAAACAGAAAGGAGGUAAAUGGAGUCAAAGGUGGGAGUGAUGGUGGCGAGGGAGUAAAUGGGACCAAGAGAGGACGCAAAGAAAACAAUUUGAUCGAAUACCUGGUGAAGAUGAACUACCAGAUAGAUGAGAAGCAGCUGGAGCAAUUCGAGAGUUACCUGAAGGACUAUAAUGACCUGAACGAAGCAAUAAGAGAUCAGAUAGUAGUCUUGCAGAAGAAGCUGUUCCAGUACAUGGAUAACGGGAACCCGAGACCAGGACUGAAGCAGACGCUGGAGCACAAAACGGGAACGAUCAGACAGAACAUGAUAGGAAAGAGAGUCAACUACUCAGCAAGGACAGUUAUCGCGCCGGACUGCUUCAUAGACACGAAUCAGAUGGGAAUGCCGCUCAAGUUCGCAAUGGAGUUGACAGUGCCGGAGUACGUGACGAGGUUCAACGUCAACUUCCUGAGGAAAAUGGUCAUCAACGGGCCUAAGGUGUACCCGGGAGCGAAGCUCCUGAGAGACACGAACGGGAAGGUCUACAACCUCUCGGCGCUGAGCCACAACGAGCGGGUGGCGAAGUCGAAGCUGCUGCUGGUGGGUCUGGCGGAGGGGAACGCGCCGAAGGUGGUCUACAGGCACAUCCUCGACGGAGACGUGGUGCUGAUGAACAGACAGCCGACGCUGCACAAGCCGGGAAUCAUGGCGCACUUCGUUAAGGUGCUCACGCGCCAGAAGAUAUUCAGGCUCAACUACGUCAACUGCAGCACCUACAACGCGGACUUCGACGGAGACGAAAUGAACCUGCACCUGCCGCAGGACUACCUGUCGCAGUCGGAGGCGCAGCUAAUCGCAAACGCGGACUGCCAGUUCGUGGUGCCCAAAAACGGACAGCCGAUCAGAGGGCUGAUCCAGGACCACUGCCAGGGAGGAGCGCUGCUGACGAGCAGAGACACGUUCUUCACGAAGGCGGAGUUCUGCAACCUCGUAUACCUGGCGGUUAACUCCUUCGUGAGCGCGACCUCCUCGAUAUACCUGGGACGACAGGACCUGCACCACAUCGAGGAGGACGUUAAGCUGGACGUGCAGCUGCACCAGCUGGCGAAGAGGCUGAAGAUGCUCUCGGACCCAUUCGCGAGGAGAAUAACGAACCGGAGCAUCCAGGUGUACCUGGACCUGCCGGCAAUACUGUACCCGAAGCAGCUGUACACGGGCAAGCAGGUGGUAACGUGCGUGUUUAAAACGCUGAUCGACAACAUCGCGCUGGGGCUGGGAGACCUGGAGUUCGAGAAGAAGUACAGAGGAAUUAACCUGACGUCGAAGUCGAAGACGCCGGGAGACGCCUGGGGAGGGUGCUACGACGGAGACAAGGAGGAGUCGACGAUCGUGAUAAGGAACUCGGAGCUGCUCCAGGGAGUGCUGGACAAGUCGCAGUUCGGAGCAAGUUCGUACGGACUCACGCACCUGAUAUUCGAGCUGCUGGGACCGCGAGUGUGCGGAAUGCUGCUGAACAGCUUCUCGUACCUGUUCACGUCAUAUCUGCAGAUGAGAGGAGCGACUUGCAGUCCGAGGGACUUCCUGCUGACGGAAUCGGCAGAAAAGGAAAGGUUGAAAAUACUGAGAAGAAUAAAGUACACAGGACUGCACCUGCAGGAGUUGUUCAUGGCGCUAUCAAGGAACACGAAAAAACAGAAUCUCACAAACGGCUCGAGCAAGCACAGUGAAGUGAAUGGGAGGGAGAAGAGAUUGUUAGUUGAGUUGAAGGAUGACCUUAAGGUUUUCUGCGAACAGGUGAAAAGUCAAGUGAAUAGUGUUACGUCGGGGGAUUUAGACGCCUGCAGAUCAUUUGGAGAGUUCGGAAAGCUGCUAUUCAAGGUCUUGACAGAAUGUAUUGGACACAGCACAGGCGGUAUCAUGAGAGAAAGAGUCAACAACUAUGUGCAUCGAUUGCUGGAGUCGUGUUGCAGAGUGCCGAAAGUGAAGAACGCGAUUCUGAAGUACUUUGCAGACCUGCCGGAGGACUCGAACCUGAACAUGGUGCAGCUGUGUUUCCCUACAUGGUUGUCAGAGUGCUCGGAAAGAGUGUCUAGCACGAACGGUAACAGGAAUGGAGCAAGCGGGUUGCACAACGGAAACGGAAAGGGAGAGCAGGGCUCGCUGAGUAGCAGGUCCUCAGAAGGCGACGACAGCACAAAAUAUAAGCUAGGAGACGCGUACACGACGUGCAGCAGGUUCUACAACAUGGUCUGCAAAAGCCCGAGAGGGAACGACAUCCUGAGCACGUUCGACAGGUUCUUCCAGAGCAACAUCGUGGGAGUGUCGAGCGACAUCAACGAGCUGGUGGACAGCACGGUGGUCAAGUUCCCGAGAAACGGCUUCGCAACCAUGGUGGCAACGGGCGCGAAGGGAAGCAAGGUCAACUUCGCAAUGAUAUCCUGCGCACUAUCGCAGCAGACGCUCGAGGGCAAGAGAGUGCCCGUGAUGCCCUCGGUGAGGACGCUCCCCUGCUUCGCCUUCGGAGACUUCGGCUCGAGGGCAGGAGGAUUCAUCACGGACAGGUUCCUGACGGGGCUGAGGCCUCAGGAGUACUUCUUCCACUGUAUGUCGGGGAGGGAGGGGCUGGUCGACACGUGCGUGAAGACGGCGAAGACGGGAUACCUGCAGAGGUGCGUUCUCAAGGCCAUGGAGGACGUGAUCGUCUGCUACGACGCGACGGUGAGGGACUCGAACGGGAACGUGAUCCAGUUCAAGUACGGCGAGGACGGAAUCGACGUGUCCAAGAGCUCGUACCUGUCGCAGCUGCAGGACCUGCAGGUAAACCAGCUGUACUACUCGACGGGCCGCAGGUCGAGCGGGAGCGCCUUUUCCAAAACGGGCAGUAGCCACUGUGGCGACGGUUAUAACAGCAGGACCCAACGUACUGAUACAUAUGAGGGUAAAACGAGUGGAGACUACGACCCGGAUUUUGAAAGGUACUUCAACAAGUGUAAGUGUGAGCCGGGAGACGCAGUGGGAUGCAUAGCAGGGCAGUCCAUAGGAGAGCCAGCAACGCAGAUGACGCUUAACACGUUUCACCUUGCGGGACACGGAGCGACGAACGUGACGCUGGGAAUACCGAGGCUGCUGGAAAUACUGCACAACACGUCGAGCUGCUCGACGCCGUUCUUCUCAGCGCCAAUCAGAGGAAACAGCGAAAAGGAAAUCGCAGCAAACGCAGAAAACGCAACGAACGCACUGAGGAAAAUAUACUUGUCAGACGUCGUGCACUCAGUGGGAAUCGAAAGCAACGUGUACGUCAACGCAAACUCGGAGAAGGAGUGGGAGUACGAGGCAACAAUACAGUUUGACGACCUGGAGCAGUUCAAAAGCAAGAUCGGAGACUUUGAGACGCAGGACAUACUGAAGCUGUGCUCAAACUGCCUGCUCAAGUCGUUCAUGAAGAGAGUGAUGGGCCAGAUGAUCGUGACGAUGGACGUGAAUGUGCCCUUCGAGCUGCAGGACAAGAGCGACCAGCUGGAGGAGUUCUGGAACAUGUUCGUGAUGCAGAAGCAGAUAGUGAAGAGGGACAAGAUUUCGAACAGGAUAAGGAAAAUGGUGCUGGCAUCAGGCUCCUCGACGAGAGUGCCUCAGAAACAUUUCGAAGACCACGAUAAAAUAAUUAACCUGAACACGGAGGCUUCGGAAAGAGAAAUGGGAGUGGUGGAGCAGGAGGAGAAGGAAGACGAGUUUGACCAGGAAGAGGAGUACGAAGGAGACUACGACGACGAGGACGCAGACGUUGAUGAGGAUGAUGAGGAAGAAAACGACAGUUCUGCGAGUUACAGUUCAAGCGCGACGCAGGAAGCAGAGCUGCCGGAGCUGGACACGCAGGACGUCGAGGGGACUCCGCACCAAGGAGAAGAGGCGGACCUGAGCGUGGACAUUGACGCGUUCGAGCACGAGCAGGACGCGGACGACCCAGUGCUGGAGCAGAAGACGCCGCAGCUUAAGUUCAGAAAGCAGAACAUAUCGUCAAUAGACAGGAAAGUGUUCCAAUUUGUGAAGUCGCUGGACUUCUCCGAGGAAACGUCGACUCUUAAACUCAAGUUCGGAUGGCCCUUCGCAAAGUGCCCCUACUAUCUGGACCUGUACCCUAUACUCAAGGAGGAAAUAUCCCGUCAGACGCUUAGGGACUCUCCGAACAUAAGGCAGUCGAGAAUAGUCUGCCACACGGUGAACGACAAGGACGAGUUCACGCUGCACUGCGACGGGACGAACCUGACGAGGUUGUUCAUGAUCAGGGAGGACAUCGUCGACUUCAACGUCGUGAAGCUGAACGACGUGGCGACGGUGCUGAAGUACUACGGAAUCGAGGCGGCGCGGUCGUGCAUCGUUUCAGAGUUGAACAAGGUGUUUUCAGUGUACGGCAUCACGGUGGACUACAGACACCUAACACUGUUGGCCGACUUCAUGACGCAGCAAGGCGACGUCAGAACCUUCACGAGAUACGGCAUGGCAAAACACACAUCUCCACUGCUGCAAAUGUCGUUCGAGUCCACCAUGAAGUUCCUCAUGAGCGCCUCGGAGCGAGGAGCGUACGACAACCUGAAGACGCCCUCGGGGGCACUCAUGGCUGGGCGGCCCGUUCACGUGGGCUCUAGCCUGUGCAGACUGAUGCAAGUGGUUGACUUCGACGGAAGGCAGCACCAGGACCUCAACAUGUUCAACAGCAAUUAUGAGCUCUAG